AUGGUGUACCAUCCGGGUUCCAAGCACACAUUCGGCAGUACGACUAUCGUAAUAUUGCCGUACCACAGAAGCCUUCCAGAAGUUCUAGAAGAUACAUGCAGGGGAACAUUGCGUUUGCGACGCGAGAUUGGAAAAGAGACCAUAGGACAGGAUGUCCUCGAGGACCAAUGUCGACGCUGUGAUUGCACACGCACAUGUGCAUCAGAAGUUCCGGACUUCCUCGGAUAUGCGAUUCGGAUAACCCUGACCAAUCGCCGAGUUACUUUAGUUGCAUAUGGUGGAUACACUAGCUUGCAUACUCCGGGAUUGAAGUAG